UAUUGUUAUAGUAUUAUUAAAAUUGUAAGAUGUGGCACGAAGCUCGUAAGCAGGAGCGAUUGAUCCGUGGUAUGAUUGUGGACUACCAACGUAGAGCGGAGCGGCGCAAAGAUUUCUAUGAAAAAAUUAAGGCUGAACCUACUCAGUUUCUGCAGCUUCAUGGGCGACCGUGUAAAAUACAUUUGGAUCCAGCUAUUGCUGCCGCGGGGGAGGGGCCAGCUAUAAUGAUGCCAUGGCAGGGUGACAGCAGUAAUAUGAUAGACCGUUUUGAUGUAAGAGCUCACUUGGAUUACAUAGCUGAAGUAAAAAAUCCAGACAUACCACCAGAUGAACUUGAUCAAGAGGAAAGGCAGUGCAAUUAUGAAAGAUAUAGAAUUCUUGCACAAAAUGCAUUCUUAGGAAUAAGUGAAGACAAAUUCUUACAACAAUUAGCUAUAGAAGAACAGUUUGGUGUCACCGUUGAAGAGAAAGAGAUGCAGAAAGAGAAAUUGGGUGAAAAGAAAGGGACGGGUGCUGCUAUUGCCUACAAUUAUAAUGAUCCAGGAGCCGAACCGUCUAGUUCUAAUGGCCCUGAGAUUAAACAAACGGAAGCAAAAGAUUCUGAUGAUGAAUCAGAUAUAGAAAUUAUUGAUGUUGAUUUGAGCAUUGAUGUCAACAAAAUGGAGGCUUCACAGGCACACGAGUUGAAUUCAGUGGGUCCACUGUUUGGGAUGGCGGGAUGUGAUAUGUUCUCAUUCCUAACUGGGGAUGCGGAUGAUGCAGAACAUCAGAAACAACUACUAAGAGAAGAAAAGGAAAAGGCCAUGUACUCUGGCAGAAAGAGCAGAAGAGAGAGACGCGCUCAUCGUGACAAGAAAUUAGCGACGCGCGUGGUGUCGCCCCCGAGCUACGCGGCACCGCAGCCCCGGCCGGCGUCACGCUCCCCGAGCCGCUCCCCCAGCCGCAGCCCCUCACCCGCAGACAACAUCGAAUUCAUCACAUCCUUCGGCGGGGAGGAUGAUGAAGUUAAGCCAUUACAGUCUCAAAAGACGCUGUAUGUGGAUAAAUUGAAACAAAAUCUUAAGAAGACAGCACUGUAUGCAGAGGUAGCGAGAAAAUUCUCGAAGGCAAGUUCACCAUUGAGAGAUAGAUACGCGCGACCCGUGAUAGGACCUCGCGUGCCAGAGACGAGGGCGAGGUCGAGGACGAGAUCGCGAACGAGAUCGUAUACACGUUCGCGCUCUCGGUCUCGAUCACGGUCCCGAUCUCGCUCCCGAUCGCGACCCAUCACACGCUCUAAGUCGAGGUCUCGCUCGCGGAGGAAGUCCCGUUCAAAGUCGAGGUCCGCGAGGUCAAGAUCCGCAUCCUCAAGGUCGCGCUCAAGAUCGUACAGCCCGUACAAAAGGUCGCGCUCAAGGUCAAGGUCUCGUAAAAAUAAACGAUCCCGCAGCCCUUCCAAUAAUAUGAACCAUAAUAAUUCGCGGUCGAUGUCGUAUGAAAGUAACGACAAAGGUCAGAGUAAGCCGGUGCCGCGGUACUACGGCCGGCGUAAAGAAGACAAGUCUUCAAGUGAACUCUCCGUUGACUCUGGAACUAGUGACACAGAUGAUGACAAACAUAAAUCGACGGUGGGCAAUAAAUCAAACACAAACCAGAAUCAGUUACGAUUGUCUGGAUGCAGCACCAAAGGUCCAUCGCGAGAAACUCUUACUCUAAAAGAGAAAUUGAAACGGAAAAUGCAAGCUCAAUUAUCAAAGCAAUUGCGUGCUGACAAGCGCGCUGAGGCUGAGCGUGCGGAGCGCGAGAGUCGGCGGCAGGCGCGACGCGACGAGGAGAUGCGGGACCUCGUCAUCAAGCUGCGCCGCAAGCAACGUGAGAUAAGACAUCUGCAGAACCGACGCUCGAGCGAUGAUAACUCUGAUAGAAGUCGCAGCGGCUCUUCUUCGAGAGGAUCACCUGAUGAGAAGAAAAGAGACUAUAGUCGAUCAAAAUCUCCAUCACCCAAACCCAAACGAAUACCAGUAUGGGAGUCGGAGGAAGUUGCACCACAAGCGUUCAGAGCUAGAGCACAAGAAAUUGGUGAUAAUUACCAGAGGAUAAGAAGAAGAUAUCAAGAUAAUUCAGAAGAAUGUUACAAUAGACAAUAUGACAGAAGAUACGAAGAUAAAAUACAAGGCUUCAAUAGAUACGAAAGGUAUCCUAAUAAAGAACAUGGCCGUUCAGAGUACAAUCGUUUUGAAAACUACGAUAAUAGAUGGGAAGAUAAGAGUUAUCAAGAUAGAAGAAGACCUUUCAAUCCUCAGUUCAGAAAUAAUUACAGAGAUCCGAAAUAUCACGGCGAAGGACCAUCACAAUGGCCGCCGCAAUACCAACAUGGCGACAGAGAAGGUGGUGGAAAUUAUUUUAAAAGUGAGAGAGAAAGUGCGGGGAAUUAUUGUAAAAAUGAAAGAGAUAAUGUGGGGAAUUGUAAAAACAAAGUUAAGCUUGUCGAUUAUUAGGUUAGAAUUUGAAAGUACAUAUAAUUUUGUGGCAACUAAAUCCUACAUCUGGAAUCAAACAACAAAUAGAUAUGCUCCAUUUUAAUGAAUGUAUGAAAUAAUGGAUUUUGCAUCACGGUUGGGAAAUAAAGAAUAUAUUUCCUCAUUUCAUAAUUUUUUUUAAUCAGUUUUAUUAAAAUAAAUCUCUUUCC